AUGCCACCGCCGUGCCUUCCUCGACAUCUGCGGCCAUGUCGACCUCGAUGGAGCGCCCACCAGCUUCGCUUCGCCUCCGACAGGCCCUCGACCGCCGGCGGUGACGCUCCUCAGCGGGCGAGCUCGGCGCGACAGAGGAAUCUUGCAGGCGAUGACGUCUCUUUGGGCUCCUCGCUGGGUCAAGAGACGAUUCCAGAAUCCGAGUUUACGGUCAGGAGAGUUGGUGUGCAAAGCCGAGACGCGAGAUGGAGGCGCGUCUUUCCAACUGCGCAGCCCCCCGAUAGCACCCGGAGCAGCAGCAGCAGCGUCAAGAGUCAGGCACAGCGGAUCAAGGAAGCUCUCGAUGCCAACGGCACAAAAUUGCGAUUGGAAAGGCAAACCCCCCUCGCUGCCAAGGAGAGUGCGCCUGUUACAGAUGCCAUCGCGGCCACUCUGGAGAAGAAAGUUCAAUUGGAGGAACAACGGCCGUCUGAGGCGCCCAAGGAAACCGAGGAGGAGCUGCGUGCGAAGCUGAAGGAUAUUGAGGAGCAAUUGGCAUUGCUGCAGAAGAAGCUGGAGGCAGGAAAGACGGCAGAACCGGUAGCCCAAACGCAACUGGCCGGGCAGUCACUAGGUGGCACAGGCAUUGCAGACGACCAGCCGCCUGCGGUGAAUGUGGAAGAUGCGGGUAGCAGCACGAAACGACCGACCAGAGAUAGAAAGGGCACGGCCGUGGACAAGCCCGUACGGCCUCACACCCACAAGAUGGACAACAACGCACCUGCACAGCAAAUGCCAGCACAGCCGAGCUCGAUGAGGCCGUCCAGCCACCGACUGUCCGCUCGUCCUGCAUCGCAACCGCCCUCGACAGCAUCUGACGGCGUCAGCGAGCAGUCCCUCCUCGACGAGCUGUUCCCCGAAGCCAGCAGCCAGGUCCAGCGCGCCCCCCAAGACAGGCGACCGUCCCCGCCGAAGCUCGACCUCCCCGCACCCGACACAAACCCGCAUAUCCGUCUGACGCUGUCUGAUACCAGGACAGACAAGGAGAAGGCAAUCGACGCCUUCCGCAAGAGCGGCGAGCAGACCACGAUCCUGCAACUCUCAAACUGCAGCACCGCCCUCACAGAAGCCGACUUCCGCCGCCUGAUCCCCAGAGGCCAGCACAUCGAGUCGUGGUCUCGCGACGGCGAGUUCUACAAGAUCAUCCCCGGCCGCGAUCCCCUCUCCCUCGAGCGUCUGCCCUUCUACUACCUGCUCUUCCACACCCCCGCCUCGGCCCUUGCAUACCAGAAAAACGCUGCCAGGCUGUCGAAACUGAGCGCUCUACACGCACCAAACGGCAUCCACUCGGCCAUCCCCCCGCCCACGGGAUUCCUCGAGAACGGCGAGGACAUACACGCUGCGACGAGAUCCUUCGUCCUGCACCCAGACGGCCACAAACUCGACCUCAGGACGGUAAUGCAGCCCUACAACCACGCCCUGCGCUCUCUCAUCGACGCCGGAGGCUACAGUCCCAUUGUGCCCAACACGGACGCGCAGGGCAAGAAGAUCCACCGUGUGUUGAUGCACAUUGACGGCUACGAGCCCAGCCAGUGGGACCUCUGGCAGAUACUCAGCCGGCACGCGCACGCGCACGGCAUCAUGUGGCCCUUUUACAACGACCACGCCAGCGCCGUGCGCCGCCUGCGCGAGACCAUCAACCUGCGCACCGUCAGCAAGGCAAAGUACCAAGCCACCGCCUCGGCCAAUCCGAGAGCCGCUACCCGCUCGGACCGCGUCGAGUACGAAGACCCCCAGCUCGACGCUUUCCUGUCCAAUCGCUCCAGCCACGGCAGCAGCAGCGACGACGAUGAUGAUGCAAAGCAGAUCAACCAGCUCGUCAUGAACCGCGUGUACAAUCGGUGGAUCGUCGAAUUUGAAGACGAGGACGCGGCGCGCAGGUUUGCCAUUAUGUGGCAUCGCGUUGUGCUGCCGGAUGCCAAGGAGAAGACGGGUGCGUGGCGGGACGGCGAGGAGGUUAGGUGGGUUGGGGCGGAGUAUUUGUGGUAG